AUGUCCCAGCAUCCGCCCUCUUGGGCCUUUGAUGGCCUUGAUGACCCCCCGGCCUCACCGCGAACGAUGCGCAAUCUGCGAAAGAUCCGAUCUCAUCAAGUCCUGACGACGUCUAGCGCCCUGAUCGCACAAACCCAGUCAUCUCGCUCUUCAGGGGCUCGCGCAACCGAAACAGGGUCGGCGGUGACACCGGGUAGCAUUACUGCGCGAACUCCCACGCAUCGCCGAACUCGAUCAAACAGUGACGCGGCUGCUCGAGCCGCAGCUCUAGCGUCUACAGUCCCGGCGCAAAGACGCCCAGCACGGAAAACUGGCUCGGGCAUCGGUAUUAAGCGGUCGCUCUUGGAGAACCUGCUACGCGAUGGGCCACAUAAUGGCAAGACCAGUGAGGGUUUACAAGAACUGAAGUAUCUUGUGUUGUCAUGCAGAGUUGAUGCAGAUGGAGACGGCAUGUCUCCAUAUCGAAUCUACCUAUGGCUGGUUCUUCUCAACAUCCCUCCUGUACCGACCGACGACUACCUCGCUCUUAUCCACCGUGGCCGUUCUCCAGCCUACGCCAAAAUCCGCAAUGACACUUUCCGUACUCUAGCCACCGACCCCCUUUUCAAGCGCCGCGUCACUGAAGCCAGUCUCAUCCGAUUGCUCAACGCUGUAGCAUGGAAACUGCACGACUCGAAAGUGAAACCAAGACCCAAAUCCCGGCCUUCUUCCUCCAGGAGACUUGAAAUGGAGCUCCUGGUAAUCACACCAUCUAGAAUCGAGGAGGAGUCGGAGGAACCGGGAUCUUCAAACAGCGCUACAAUUAACGAGACUGCGAUGUACGUGCAAGGCAUGAAUGUCCUUUGCGCGCCAUUCCUUUAUGCAGCCCGCAGCGAAGUUGAAGCAUACGCUUUAUUCCAUUACUUCGUCACGAAGGAAUGUCCAGGUUACAUCCGUGGAGCUAUGGAUGGCGUGCAUAAGGGUCUCCGACUGGUCGAUAGGUGUCUGGAAGUUGUGGAGCCUAAAUUAGCUGCCCAUCUUUUCUCCAAGGGAAUGCAUGCUGAGCUCUAUGCUUUCCCAUCUGUCCUCACAUUUUGUGCCUGCACACCACCUCUUCCAGAGGUUCUUCAUCUAUGGGAUUUCCUCUUUGCAUAUGGCACACACUUGAAUAUUGUUUGCAUUGUGGCUCAAUUACUCCGCAUGCGAGACUCUCUUCUUGAGAGCGACAAUCCAAACAAAAUUCUCCGAAAUCUACCUCCCCUCGAUGCCGAGAAGAUUAUCGCUCUAACCGUGCUUUUAGCACCGAAGAUUCCAGCUGAUCUAUAUGCUGAGAUGGUCAGCCACGCGAAAUGA